AUGUUCAUAACUUUUGAAGCAAUAGACGGCUCUGGUAAAACAGUACAGUCUGAGUUGCUUGCAAAUUAUUUUAAGCAAAUUCACGAUGAAAACAAUAUGGUAUUGACUCGAGAACCAAGCGGCACUGACUUUGCACAAAAGGUAAGAGGA